UCACCUGAUCAGCUAAGCUCCCCACGCCCCCAACGCAAGCCGCUAUCAACUGUGAGUGACGCACGACUCGUUCUACGGCACGCCACUUGUGACUAAGAACAUAGCGAGCGGACCGAGGGAAUACAACGACUAAGGUUUGAUCAAAUAAAUGGAUAAAACAUGGAAGCCCCUAAAGAACCUACAGAUUGUAAUAAUGACAGAGCACAAAUCGACAGAAGUAAUUCUAAGACAAAGCGUAAAUUGAGUCCAGGAAAGGAGACACUUAAAAACGAAGAAGAUAAAAUUGAAGAGAGUAACCCAAAGCCUGGAGAAGACGAUCAUGAAAACACCCUAGUAGCCAAAAGACUAAAGCUCGAUAAAUUGGAACAAAUUCAGAAAGAUGUGGGCAAUGGAAAGGACAUGGAGAAGGAUAAUGAGCUUCAAAAGGUGUCCCCUGGCCAAGAACAAAGUGAUUUGUGUAGUGUCAACAUAGAAAAGGAAAAACCAAAAGAGGGAAACGAUCGUGAAAAGGAUGCUGAUACCUGUGAAUGCUCCUUCUGUGAUUUUAGGGGAAAAAACCCCACUGCCUUAAAAGUGCACGUAACAAGAAGGCAUUCCCACAGCACUGCUUCCAGUCCAUCACAAGCUUCUAGUGCAGAAAAGGAAAGCAACGUUAGCAAAAAUGACUUGUGUAGAAAAGGCAAUGCUAGUAUACCUAGUAGUAAGGAAGUUGCAUCUGACUAUGACAAGCCUACCAAGAAAAGCCGAAUAAAAUCAACUAAUGGGAACAUCUGCCCUCACUGUGACUAUAGGACAGAACAUUUGGCAUCAAUGGAUGAGCAUAUCAAAAAGAAUCACAAAGAAAAAACAUUCACUUGUGAAUGUUGUUGUUUUCAGUGUCGUGAUGAUAGUACUCUUCAGGCUCAUUACCUUGGAAAGACACACCUUCGCAGGCAGAAUCUUGCAGCGAAGGGGAGGCUGGUAAAUGUGUUAACCAAAAAACAAAACAAAACAAAGCCGUCUAAAUGCUCACAAUCCUCAGUCCCUGAAAGCUCAAUUAAUAGCCUGUUAAUUCCAGCCUCUGAUGAAAUGGAGGUUGACAUUUUACCUGAAAAGAAAGACACCAAAGAUCCCAAUGCGGAAACCACACAGCAGAAUUUAGCUUCCUCUGAAAUUGAAGAUGAAGAAGACAAUAAUAAAGCCAAAACUCCACCAAAAGCUAAAAGGUUUAAGGGUGUAAAGCAAAACGCACCAGAUGAUGAUGGUGAUGAUGAUGAUGGUGGAUCUGAUGUUCAGAGUGCCACAGACAGGGAACAAACUAGCAAAGAAAAACUGGGCAGCCAAACUGUUGAACAAGACUGUGCAGCAAAUGAGUGUGUAAAUAGGAAGAAUGCAAAUGAAGUGCAUCUUGUUUGUAGUCCAAAAGAAAAGAUACUUCAGGACAAGGACACCAAAAUUGUCGAUGUAAAUGCAAAGGAUAGCCUCCUUGGAGAAAAACAGGCAGAACGUGAAAUCAAACCAAAUGAUACCACCAUAGAAAGUUCAUUCAAUGCAGAAGCCACAUCUGAAAUGAUAGUAAAUGAAGUUAAUAUUGAACUUCCACAGGAAAAUGAGUCAAGCUCCAGUUCUUUCAUUCUGAACCUUCAGUCUGUUGAAAAUGUGGAGGUGGAGCUGCAAGGUUCAGAAAUGAGUUCAGAGCAAGAGUCUUCUAUUGGGAAGGAUACUUCUAACUCAAAAUCCAGUAAGGGUGGCGCAAAACGAAAACCACCAUCUUCAAACCAAAAACCACCAUAUGUUUGCAGUUACUGUAGUUAUGAAUUUCAGAGUAAACUUGGUCUAGAGCAUCACAUUGGAAGGCGCCAUACAAAAGAAAUGAAGUUCUUUUGUGAGACUUGUCUAUAUUCUUGUGUAGUAAAAGGUGACUUUGAUAAGCACUGUCAGAGUAACAAACAUCAAUUAAGGAAAAAUGUUACUGAGAUAGAAGUGCAGAUACCAAGAGAUCAAGUGAAACCAUCAAUAACACGAGUGGUUGCAGUAAACUUACUAAAACGUUCAACACAUAGCAAACCCCAGCUACAAUGCAAGAAAUGUUUAUAUAAAACAAAACAUUCUUCAGUUCUCUUAAAACACAUACAAGUAAAACAUGAAAAAGAAUAUCACUUCUGUUGCAAGGUAUGCAAUUAUUACACAGUGACAUUUGAAGGCAUGGAGAAACAUACCAACAGGAGAAAGCACUUGCAAAAGGCUAAGAAAAGCAAUCUUGGCAUUUCAUCUGAAGACAUUAUUGAGGAAGUAUGUAUAAGUAUGUCAGCGAUUCCAAAAAAAUCAAAACAACCUACUUUCUCUUCAACUGUUAAUACCAAAGAGAAAAAUAACAAAAAUAGCCAUGAUGGACGGCUGUCUGAUGUUGAGAACACAACACUUGAAGAGUCAUCCGGGAAUAUGGAAGGUAUUAUUGUGACUGACACCAUGAUGGCUCCUACCUCGAGAAAAAGUAAAAGAGGACGACCAAAGGCAACUGCAUCUACAAAAUGUCAACAUUGUGGGAUUGUUGCUUCCAGUAUUGCCAAUCUCAAUGUUCACAUUAAACGAAGGCACAGCCACCAGUACAGUUAUGCUUGCAAGUUGUGUAACUUCUUUUCUGUAACUAAAGGAGAUAUGGAUCGUCACUGUGCUACCAAGAAGCAUAUAAACCGUGAAGAAACUGCCUUGAAGGCAAGCCCAGAGAAUGAACCAGCUUCUCUGGAUGGUGUUGUUGUAGAAGUUCAACACGUUGAACAGAAUGCAGAGAAGUCUGAAGAAACUGAGCAUCAAAGCAGUGUAAUAAAUGCUUUGAGAGCUUGUAAAAUUUGUAAAUACUAUUGUAUUCGAAAAGAUGAUAUGGAUCGUCAUUGUGCUACCAAGAAGCAUAAUAGUCGAAAAGUAAUGGCCAUGAAGAUAAACCAAGAAAUGAAACCAGUUUCUCCUGAUGAUGUUUUAGAAGCUUCGCACAAAGAACAGGGCACAAAUAAGUCUGAUGAAUCAGAGAAUGAAAGUAGUGCAAUAAAGUCUCAUGCUUUGAAGGCUUGCAAAGUGUGCAAGUACUAUUGCAUACUUAAAGAAGAUAUGGAUCGUCAUUGUUCUACCAAAAAGCAUAAAGCACACAAAUUAUUGACAGUGAAAGCAAACCCACAAACUGAACAAGUUUCUCCUGAUAGUAGUGUUGCAAUAGCUCACAAUGGACAGUAUAUUUUGAAUGCUGGAGACCAGCUACAAGACAUUAAAGCUAAUACAGGCUUAGACCCUGAAAAUCAGACAGAAGCUGUGAUAAACCAGGCAAAAAAAGAGCAUACUGUUGAAGCUGAAAUACCAGAGGAUUGCUUUCCUUCACAAAAUCAGGAUGGCCAUGCACAAGUUCUUGACGAUUCUCCUUCGACAAAAAUGAAAGAUGUUGCAGUUAAUUCUUGUUCUCACUGUAGUUUUGUUGCUCAUUCCCUUUCAUCUCUUGACCUUCAUGUUAAACGCAAACAUACUAAAGACUUUGAAUACUUAUGUAUGGGAUGCAACUAUUAUGCUGUCACUCGUAGGGAGAUGACAAGACAUGCAGCAACAGAAAAGCACAAGCUUAAAAGCCAGGCCUACCUGUUAAAGUUGAAAGAAACAGCAGAAGUGUUACCCGUGGAAACCACAGCCAAAUGUGGAGGAGAAGAUGAACUUCAAGAAGAGAGCCACAAUGAAACACAACAGGAAAGUCCUAGUGAGUCAGUCAGUGUAAAUACUACAGUUAUGGAAAAUAAGGAAAAUGACACAAAUGUUACUGGAGGAACUGUGGAGAAUAGGAAUACAGAAUCCACAAGAUUACCACUAGAAAGUGUGACCAGUGAAGACAGUGAAGGUAACAACUUGGAGAAUAGCCAAGAUUUGCAUUCAGGAGGAUGUGGAACUAAAACUGGUGAGGGCCAAAAAAUAAAUAUCCAGGUAGUUGAAUGUGAAGAAGGUGAUAUUGCAGAAAAGGCUAAAAUAGAUGCUCAACAUGAAACCGAAGAAGCUGUUAAAAACAGUGUUUGGGAGACGGAUGAAUCGGUCACUGAGGGCUUACAAGUUGAUGGUAACCUAGAAUUGCAGGAAUCUAAUCUUACUGGUCAGUCUCAGACAAAGGAAUUAUCUAGAGCUGUUAAAUUUGACGCUUCCAUUGUUAUGUUAAAAAACUAUUCUGAUGUUGAAUAUACUGAUUAUGAAGGGGCUCAGAGUUCAGAAGGACUUGCUUCCGGUAAUGAAAACUUACAACCUGUUAGAAAGAAGAGGAGAUCUUCACAAAUAGAGAAGCCUCGCAUUCGGUGUGAAGACUGUGGAUUCCUGGCUGAUGGCCUUAGUGGCCUGAAUGUGCACAUAUCUAUGAAACAUCCCACAAAAGAGAAGACUUUUCAUUGUUUACUCUGUGGAAAAUCAUUUUACACAGAGAGCAACCUCCACCAGCAUUUGACCAGUGCAGGUCACCUGAGGAAUGAGCAAGCAAGCAUAGAAGAGCUGCCAGAAGGAGGUGCCACUUUCAAGUGUGUUAAAUGCACUGACCCCUUUAAUUCUGAGCAGGAACUUUUCAUGCAUAUUAAGGAGAAGCACGAAGAACUGCUGAGAGAAGUAAACAAGUACAUCUUGGAAGAUACAGAACAGAUUAACAAUGAAAGAGAAGAGAAUCGAGGCAAUAUCUGCAAGUACUGUGGGAAGAUCUGCAAAAGCAGCAACUCCAUGGCAUUUCUAGCCCACAUUCGCACUCACACAGGAUCAAAGCCGUUCAGGUGCAAACUCUGCAAAUUUGCUACAGCCCAGUUGGGGGAUGCUCGUAACCAUGUCAAGCGACACCUUGGAAUGAGGGAAUACAAGUGCCAUGUCUGUGGAUGGGCCUUUGUCAUGAAAAAACACCUGAACACACAUUUACUCGGCAAGCAUGGGGUAGGAACGCCUAAGGAAAGAAAAUUUGAAUGUAAGCUGUGCGACCGAUCCUUCAGCGAAAAGUGGGCUCUAAACAAUCACAUGAAGCUGCACAUUGGAGAGAAACCUUUUAAAUGUGCUUGGCCUACAUGUCACUAUUCCUUCCUGACCCUGUCUGCAAUGAAAGACCACUACAGGACGCAUACAGGAGAGAAGUCAUUCCUGUGUGAUCUGUGUGGCUUCGCUGGCGGUACACGUCAUGCCCUCACCAAACACAGAAGACAGCAUACAGGAGAGAAGCCGUUCAAAUGUGAGCUGUGUAAUUUCGCUUCAACAACGCAGUCCCAUCUGACACGCCACAAACGUGUGCACACUGGAGAGAAGCCCUACAGGUGCCCGUGGUGCGACUACAGGUCCAACUGUGCAGAAAACAUCCGCAAGCACAUCCUCCACACAGGCAAACACGAGGGAGUGAAAAUGUACAACUGCCCCAGGUGUGACUACGGAUCCAAUUCCCCAACAGACUUCCGUAAUCAUCUGAAAGAAAGCCACCCAGACCUUGAGAAUCCAGAUCUAGCCUAUCUGCAUGCAGGUAUCGUUUCCAAAUCUUUUGAGUGUCGUCUUAAAGGCCAUGGAGCCUCCUUUGUAGAAACAGACACCCCAUUUACAGCAGCUGCAGAAGAGUCUUCCCCAGUCAAGGAAAGGGUGCUGAGGAUCUCCAGGAAAGAGGAAGAAUCCCAGGCAGAGUCUGUUCAACAAGUCAUUAUCAUUCAAGGGUUUCCUGAAGGAUAUGGAGGAGAGUUCUCAAUCGAUUCCUCAAUGGAGGAGUCUGCAGCAGCAACCCUUCAGACACUGGCAAUGGCUGGCCAGGUAGCAGAAGUGGUCCACAUCACAGAAGAUGGUCAAGUCAUUUCCACCAGUGGGGUCACAACUCGUAUGAGCAGCAUGAUUCCAAGUCAGAUUCAGCUACCGGCAGGCACCACCCAGGUCGUGGUGGUUGAAGCCCCUGUAGAAGGUGCAACCUGUGGGGAAAUGCUAGCUGCACAGGAGGUCCAUACAGCUAGUUCAUCUUCGGCACUGGAUGCUCUUUUGUGUGCUGUCACAGAGCUGGGACAGGCACAAGACCGUCAAGAACAGCAGAACACUGCAGAGGCAAAUCAUGAGGAAUCUCUGCCAGAGGGGUACGAAAGUCAGGUAGUAACAACUGAAGUGGCCAGUGAGACUGUGACUGAAGAAAUGCAAGUCUUCCAUGAAAUGCAGGACGACACAGAACCCAUGGAGGGGGUAACCCAAGUUGUGCAGUCAUCAUCAGUACCCACUUUUCAAGAGUCUGCUCCAACAACCUACAAGGAUAUGGUCCAAGAGGUCCUGAAGCUUGCUAUGUGUGACAUGGCUACUGGGGUGACGCAGGUCAUCGUCAAUGAUGAAGGGACAGUCCACAUGAUGUCGCGAGAAGGUCAGCAGAUCAUAAUGCAAGAGGCAGGAGGCCACGGAAUCGAAGUCCCCAAUCAUCGCAUGGACUUGGUCAGCUCAAAUGGGGAGAUGAUCAUCGUCACAGAAGGAAUAGCGCGAGCCAUGGUUCAAAACUCUGGUCAGAAUUUCUCUGAUGGAAACACGCAUUAUAUUGUAACAGAAUUAGAUGACUCCACUCUGCAGGUUGAGGGAACUGUGUACUCGCAAAACGACCAAGAGGAAAGCCCAUGUCCACAGACAGUGUACCAGACAGAAGAGGAGAGCAUGAUCGGCGAAGAGAUGGAAACCAGUCCUGCAGCUACCAGAGUGGUUGAAGAGCAAUUAGAAGGCAUGGUAGUUUACACAGAUAGUACCUUUCAAGAACAUGUGAUUGACGAGUGCAGUGAUAGCAUGCAAGAACUGGAAACUAAGGAAAGGCAGCCUGCAGAAAGUACUUGAGUACAAUGUGAUUCCUGACAAGACGACUACAUAAUAUACAAUAUCUGCGUUUUGUUACAAUGGUAAUUACAAAACUCUGAUGAUAGAAUGUCAGAGAUAAUCUAAUAAUGUUGAGACGUUUUUUUAACCCUAUAUUCGUGAGCAAAACUCAGGAUAUCUUAGUUUAUAUUUGUAAGCAGUGGCAUCUGACUUCACAGAGGAGUGACACGAGUUGUGGAAAUAAAUGUCUACAAACUAAUAAGUGACUAUCAAGUGCUUGGGUGUACAUCAAACAACAACAGGAAGAAGCUUAAUGUCAACAUGAGAAGGAGAAUGGUGUCCUGUAUCAAUUGUGGUCUAUUUGUACUUUAAAAAAAAAAAAAAAACAUAUAUAUAUAUAUAUACACGGUAGCUGAACCCAAUAAGUACAUACAGUUAUUGUAUAUCAGUUACUUGGCAAUUACUUAGCAAAACUUAAAUUAAAUAUUUGAUGAUUUUACCUUGUUGACAUUGGUAACAUGCUCUGUGUUGUCAAGAUCACCAAUUUAAAAUAUGGAAUAAAAUCUUUAUUGAACGUGGCUGGAAAUAAUUGCUUGGGUAUUAAGGUCAUGUUUCAAAUACAGGUGGUAGUGCUUAAGCUUUUUUUAGAAGCAGCAAAUAAUACUGUUUAGCUUUUCUUGGUUCUUUCUUGCAUAUUGAUUUGUUUUCAUGUAAAAUUUGCAGUUGAAGGGUGCAUUUUGUUAUUGGGGGGGCCGGGGGGGGCUUUAAUGCAGUGGUAGUCUACCUGGAAGGUGAUAACAUGUUUUGCUGAGUUCUGUGUUAGUGCUAUUUAAUAGUUUUGCAGUUCAGUGCUUUUUUUCAGUUAACAAUAUUAAUAAAGGACUGUUGUUGUUGAA